CUAAUCAUUCAUUCAAUCUCUUCUCAAUUCUUCAUUGUUUCUGUACUUCGCUUCAAAUACAUAACAGCAAAAUUAAAAUAAAUAGAAACAUCAUACAUACCCUAAUCUAAUACUCGUAUAAUUCAUCAUCGGAAUCAUGGGACACGGUGAAAAAGGAGGAAGACCGUUCAAGAAGUUCAAAGGCGCCGCUAAAUUCGAAGAUUCACGAAAAACAUUCGCCGAAGAUGAUGAUCCAUAUGGCGGCGAUCAUGAUGCAUAUGAGGAUGACGAAGGAAAAAUUAAGGAUUUUAGCCAAUUAGAGUUGAAACCGGAUCACGUCAAUCGUCCUCUUUGGGCUUGUGACAAUGGUCGGAUAUUCCUUGAGACUUUCUCUCCUUUGUACAAGCAAGCUUAUGAUUUUCUCAUUGCCAUCGCCGAGCCUGUUUGCAGGCCUGAGUCGAUGCACGAAUACAAUCUUACUCCGCAUUCGCUGUAUGCUGCUGUUUCGGUUGGUUUAGAAACUGAAACAAUUAUAGCAGUUUUGAACAAGUUAUCCAAGACCAAGCUUCCUAAAGAGAUGAUUAAGUUUAUCCAUGAAUCUACUGCAAAUUAUGGGAAAGUGAAACUUGUUCUUAAAAAGAAUCGGUACUUUGUGGAAUCUCCGUUUCCAGAGGUAUUGAAGACACUGCUCAGGGAUGAUGGUAUAUCUCGAGCAAGGAUCACUUCUGAGGGUGCUCAUGGAGAUGGAUUUACAAUCAGCAAAGCAUUAGGUGAAAUUGAAGGCACUCAUGAUGAGUUGCUGAAUCAAGCAGAAGUAGCGGCUGCUGCAGAAGAGAAAGAAGCUCAUGCAUUCGAAAUUGAUCCUGCUCAGGUUGAAAAUGUAAAGCAACGUUGCUUGCCAAAUGCUUUAAAUUAUCCUAUGUUGGAGGAGUAUGACUUCAGAAAUGAUACAGUGAACCCAGACCUUGACAUGGAACUAAAGCCUCAAGCACAACCACGGCCAUAUCAAGAGAAGAGCCUUAGUAAAAUGUUUGGAAAUGGUAGAGCAAGAUCCGGUAUCAUUGUUCUACCCUGUGGUGCUGGAAAGUCCCUAGUUGGCGUUUCAGCAGCUUGCCGUAUAAAAAAGAGCUGUCUUUGUUUGGCAACAAAUGCUGUUUCUGUGGAUCAAUGGGCUUUUCAGUUUAAACUAUGGUCAACUAUCCGAGAUGAACACAUUUGUCGUUUCACAUCGGAUAGCAAAGAGAGAUUUCGUGGUAACGCUGGAGUUGUUGUGACAACAUAUAAUAUGGUUGCUUUUGGGGGUAAACGGUCUGAAGAAUCUGAAAAGAUCAUUGAAGAAAUAAGAAACAGAGAAUGGGGUUUGCUCCUUAUGGACGAGGUACAUGUGGUUCCUGCCCAUAUGUUUCGAAAAGUCAUUAGUAUCACUAAAUCUCACUGCAAACUUGGGCUCACAGCCACACUUGUGAGAGAGGACGAAAGAAUUACAGAUCUGAACUUCCUAAUUGGUCCCAAACUGUAUGAGGCAAAUUGGUUAGAUCUUGUAAAAGGUGGAUUUAUUGCAAAUGUACAGUGUGCUGAAGUAUGGUGUCCAAUGACAAAAGAGUUUUUUGCCGAGUAUCUAAAGAAAGAGAACUCCAAGAAGAGACAGGCCCUUUAUGUGAUGAAUCCAAAUAAAUUCCGAGCAUGUGAGUUUCUCAUAAAUUACCAUGAAAGGGCACGUGGUGAUAAAAUUAUAGUUUUUGCUGAUAAUCUUUUUGCUCUCACUGAGUAUGCCAUGAAACUCCGCAAACCAAUGAUAUAUGGUGCUACAAGCCAUGUUGAGAGGACAAAAAUUCUACAGGCAUUCAAAACUAGCAAAGACGUAAAUACUGUUUUUCUUUCCAAGGUUGGUGACAACUCAAUUGAUAUUCCUGAAGCAAAUGUGAUAAUUCAGAUCUCUUCACAUGCUGGUUCCAGGCGUCAAGAAGCUCAACGUCUGGGUCGUAUUCUUAGGGCAAAGGGAAAGCUGCAGGAUAGGAUGGCAGGUGGCAAAGAGGAGUAUAAUGCAUUUUUUUAUUCCCUUGUGUCAACUGAUACCCAGGUAUACAUUUAUUUCAUGCCAAGCCAUAUAUUAUUGAAUUAUUGGAUCAUGUCGUCACUUCAAAAUAAUACUUACUUAAACUAUCAUACAAGGAAUUUAUGGUGUAAUGUAUCUUGCUGCUUUCAUUUGCAGGAGAUGUAUUACUCAACUAAGAGGCAGCAAUUUUUAAUUGAUCAGGGUUACAGCUUUAAGGUAAUUACAAGCUUGCCUCCAUCUGAUGAAGGAUCUCGCUUGCACUACCAUCAUCUCGAUGAUCAAUUGGCACUACUUGGAAAGGUAUUGAAUGCUGGUGAUGAUGCUGUUGGAUUAGAGCAACUAGAAGAAGAUGCUGAUGAAAUCGCUCUUAAAAGUGCUCGUCGUUCUCAAGGAUCGAUGAGUGCAAUGUCAGGUGCAAAAGGGAUGGUUUAUAUGGAGUACAGUACCGGGCGUAACAAAGGCCAACAGAUCAAGAGCAAGCCGAAAGAUCCAGCAAAGAGACACUUCUUAUUUAAAAAACGAUUUGGCCCAACCUAAAACCUCACUUGUGAUUAAAAAGGAACCAUGCAGUGGUGUGUGUAAUAAUAUACCGCAUCUGUAUGACAACGAUCAAGAUUGCAGGAUUUUUAAAUUAAAAUCUUAUACAGCCUCAACAUGAGUUAAUAAUUACAUGAACUUAUGGACUGUAUCGGUCUUAUACUCAAAUGUACCCUGGUGACCACACAUGGUUGAUGUUUGAUUCCUUUUUGUUUUUCAGAUUUUAGUCAAGUUAUAUUAGUAAUAUCAAAGAUAUAAGACAUUUUUGGUUACAUGAUCACGAAUAUAUAUAUAGUACAAGAGAAAGAUUAUUAUGAUGGUGCAA